UUGGUAGAUGGGAGCGUCUUCAAGUACACCAAGCGCAGGGUGUCACACCUCUUUAGACGGGAGAACAUCAAACCACGGAACGACACAAUAUUCUCUCCAGGAGAAACACGCUACAGAACCACGAUUGUCGGGGCUAACUAACAACAAGUGGUGAAAUUUCCUUUCGUUUCGCAAGGAGGACAUAAAACCAUCAUCCGGAGGUAACCAGACAGGACUACAAUGCGGUUACCCGCCUCCUUCUUGGCGCUUGCAGCCACGCUGCUGCUUGCGGAUGCUCAAAACACAGGCCCAUCAUGUAGUGACAGAAUGGACAUCGUCCUUGUCAUCGAUGGUUCAGAGAGCAUUGGGACAGACAACUUUCAGAAAGUAAGAUCAGCCACGGAGGCCUUUGCUCGACAAGCAUUCAACCGUGUACAGAAUCUCAGAUUGGGCAUUGUCGUCUAUGGUACAACUGUGGAACAAAGCAUAUACCCUUCCAGCACCAGAGAAGAAGUGUUUCAAACUCUCGAAAACCUUGUCUACCCAGUCGAUGGUGGCACCAACACCGAUCUUGGUAUCGAUACUGCUAGGGCGCUCUUAAACACCACAAGCAAUAUUAGGGCCAUGGUUGUGCUCACUGAUGGGCUCUCCCGAUUUCCUGAUGAUACUGAAAAAUCUGCAAAUGCUGCAAAGUCAGAGGGCAUUACAGUUUACAGUGUAGGAGUUACUCUGGAUAGCAUACUUUUUCCACAAAGCGUCAUUAAUUCUUACACAUUGGAGCUGGACCGUAUUGCUACAUCGCCACAAAACAGAUUAUCUAUCGACAACUUUGACCAAUUAUCGAUUUUGGCCAGUGGGCUCCUGAAUCAAGUUUGCGUCACUCAAUUGACAGUAACAUCAGGGCUUGUUGACCAGACCAUCUUUGUUGGAGACACCUUAACUCUAGUGGCCCGCAUGAGUGAGUCCGGUCUACAGGAUAUCCUCUGGUUCAAGGGGAACACCCGCUUGCCCAGUGACCCAAGGAUUACAUAUUCCAGUUCUGGAUUCGAACACCGACUUAGUAUUACCAAUGCGCAGCAGAGUGAUUCUGGCACCUAUAGCCUCACAAUCAAUGGGGUCAGCACUUAUGGACAAGUCACUGUACAAGGAAAUUCAAAUCCGGGAUCAACUGCAGUCUGCCGCGAAAAUAUUGAUGUGUUCUUGGCUAUCGAUGGAUCAAACAGCAUCAACCCUGACCCAUUUGAGUUCGAGCUUUUACCUGCUGUAGUAUCAUUUGUGGACGAAAUGUUUAACAGAACCCAGAAUGGCCUUCGUAUGGGAUACGUUCUCUACAGCAGGAUCAUCAACAGUGAGGUGAACCUGUCUCGCAGCGAUGCUUUCAUACGUUCCUCACUACUGGGUGAGACAUACCCCAAUGAGGUCACCAACACCCAUCUAGCUCUUAAUCGCAUCAAGGAUCUGUUUGACGCACAGACGACCGACUCUGCCAAGGUUGUAAUGGUGAUUACUGAUGGCGCGUCGGACGAUUUAGCGGCUACUGCACAGGCAGCAUUGAAUCUGAAGGCCGCAGGAGUACAGAUAAUAGCAGUCGGUGUGGGUGACCUAAUUAACCAAGAAGAGCUCCGUGGACUAGCAUCAUCUUCUGACAUGGUCAUCCUUGUGGAAAACUUCCAAAGUUUGGCAACACAGCUACUUAAUAUCACCAGCCAGUGUAAUGGUGUGUUCUCCCCUUGGACGGAACAAAGUCGUACUCCUUGUACUGUGCCCUGUGGUGGAGGAAACCAGAUAGUGACGAGGACAAGAACCUGCUCGGGUGGAUCCUGUGUCGGCCCGACGUCGGAAACCUUCUCCGUCAACUGCAAUACUGCCACCUGUACACUGCUUCAGCGUUUCGUCGAUAUUGACGUCUUUGAGGGGGACACCUUUGAACUGGUGGCUGUCUUCGGUGAGGCUAAUAUACCCGGAGCUACAUGGACUAAAGGAGGACGCGCAAUAUUCAAUGGUGGCAGGUUCUCGACCUCAGGAACAGGAUUCGAUCAGACUCUCAGAGUGACCAGCACACAGAUGACCGACGCUGGGCAGUAUGUUCUCUCUGUGGGUGGAGUGACCACCUUUGCCACAGUCACAGUCCGACAACGACAAGGAGUGUUCACAACCUGGACUGAGGUCAGCAGAUCGGCCUGUUCGGCUCCUUGUAACGGCGGCACCCAGACUGUCUUCAGGACCCGCACCUGCCAGAGUGGAACAUGUUCUGGCCCCACGUCCCACACUACCACAGAAAACUGCAACACGGCGCCUUGUACCUUGCUGCAACGGUUAAUCAAUAUUCAAGUGACAGUGGGAGACACCUUCAGCCUGACGGCUGUGUUUCGCGAAGCCAAUAUUCCUGGGGCCAGAUGGACCAAGGGCGGUGUUGUGGUCAACAGCAACGGCAGGUUCUCCAUCACAGGCACUGGCACAGACCAAACCCUCAGAGUGACCAACUCGCAGCUGGGUGAUGCUGGCCAGUACACCCUCUCUGUAGGAGGAGUGACCACUUUGGCCACAGUCACAGUCGUGCCACGAAACACACCAAUAGCAGUAUGUCAAGGAAGCCUCGAUAUCUUCCUCGCUAUUGACGGAUCAAACAGCAUCAACCCCGACCCCUUUGAGUUCGACCUUCUGCCAGCACUGGUGUCAUUCAUCGAGGAAAUGUUCACACGCACAACUGAUCUCCGUAUGGGCUACGUGCUGUACAGUACAAUUCUCCGAGGGGAGUUAGAUCUAACAGCCGACAGUUCUCUCCUUAGUCAAUCAGUGGCAGGUCUUCAGUAUCCAAACGGCGUUACCAACACACAUUUAGCCCUGAAUCGAAUCGACACACUGUUCACUGCCAACAACAGAGACGCAGCCAAAGUUGUCAUCAUCAUUACGGAUGGAGCAUCAGACGAUCGCACCCAAACAGCCGCGGCAGCAACCACCCUGAAGAACAAGGAUGUGCAGGUGAUGGCCGUGGGCGUGGGGGAUCUCAUCGACCAACAGGAGCUGCGCAAUCUGGCCUCAUCUCCGGACAUGGUGGUGCUUGUGUCAGACUUCGCACAACUUGCUUCACAACUCACCAACAUCUCCAACCAGUGCAGCGGAGUUGCAGUAUGGUCUGAAUGGAUCUCCCAGCCUUUAGUUGGUACACCGUGCACCAGGAGCUGCGGAGGAGGAACACAGCAGCGGACGUACGUGAGGAGAUGCAACAGCACGGCCUUCACCAACACCUGCCCCGGAAGCAGCAGAGAUGUUCGGAAUGAAGUCUGCAACACACAGGGUUGUCCCACAUUCCGAUGGUUGGAUUGGGUAGAGAGCCGGACGGAAUGUUCCGCCUCCUGUGGAGGAGGGUUGCUCACAAUCACCCGCACCAGAACAUGCGAAGACCCCACGAACUCGUGCGCUGGUUCCUCCAGUGAAACCUUCCAAGUUGCAUGUAACACAGACGUCUGUACAGCAGCCUUUGGCCAGUGGGGAUUGUGGAGUGUAUGGACCCCGGGAUGUCCGCUGUGCGGAUCCAACCCUAACAUCAACCAGCAGAGAACCCGAGACUGUGUGAAAGCCUCCCCAACAGACCUGGACUGUCCCGGAAAUGCUGUAGACAACAGAGUAUUUACCUGUACCCUCAUCCCAUGUCAAGCUACCUGGAACAACUGGGGACAAUGGAGUAAUCCAGGUUGUCCUACAUGUGGUCUCAGCAUCACACGAACUGUCACUCGAACCAGAACAUGUAACCAGGUAGCAGGUCAAGCAUUUUGCUCUGGAUCCAGCACUGACUCUGACAUCAGAACUUGCAGCAUUCCCAAUUGCAGAGGAACGUGGGCAGCGUGGGCCUCCUGGGCCACGCCCAACUGUCCUACCUGUGGACCAGUCGGUACACAAAGACAGGUCUUCAGGAACAGAAUAUGCAACAAAGUUUUGACAACUUAUGACAACUGUAUCGGGUCAGGCAGCGAUUCGAGAUUCGAUACGUGUUCAAUACCAGUGUGUACAGCUUCCUGGAACAACUGGGGACAAUGGAGUAAUCCAGGUUGUCCUACAUGUGGUCUCAGCAUCACACGAACUGUCACUCGAACCAGAACAUGUAACCAGGUAGCAGGUCAAGCAUUUUGCUCUGGAUCCAGCACUGACUCUGACAUCAGAACUUGCAACAUUCUCAAUUGCAGAGGAACGUGGGCAGCGUGGGCCUCCUGGGCCACGCCCAACUGUCCUGCCUGUGGACCAGUCGGUACACAAAGACAGGUCACCAGAAACAGAGUAUGCAACAAAGUUUUGACAACUUAUGACAACUGUAUCGGGUCAGGCAGCGAUUCGAGAUUCGAUACGUGUUCAAUACCAUUAUGUACAGCUUCCUGGAACAACUGGGGACAAUGGAGUAAUCCAGGUUGUCCUACAUGUGGUCUCAGCAUCACACGAACUGUCACUCGAACCAGAACAUGUAACCAGGUAGCGGGUCAAGCAUUUUGCUCUGGAUCCAGCACUGACUCUGACAUCAGAACUUGCAACAUUCUCAAUUGCAGAGGAACGUGGGCAGCCUGGGCUUCCUGGGCCACGCCCAACUGUCCUACCUGUGGACCAGUCGGUACACAAAGACAGGUCACCAGAAACAGAGUAUGCAACAAAGUUUUGACAACUUAUGACGACUGUUUUGGGUCAGGCAGUGAUACAAGAUUGGAUACGUGUUCAAUACUAUUAUGUACAGCUUCCUGGAACAACUGGGGACAAUGGAGUAAUCCAGGUUGUCCUACAUGUGGUCUCAGCAUCACACGAACUGUCACUCGAACCAGAACAUGUAACCAGGUAGCGGGUCAAGCAUUUUGCUCUGGAUCCAGCACUGAUUCUGACAUCAGAACUUGCAACAUUCUCAAUUGCAGAGGAACGUGGGCAGCGUGGGCCUCCUGGGCCACGCCCAACUGUCCUACCUGUGGACCAGUCGGUACACAAAGACAGGUCACCAGGAACAGAAUAUGCAACAAACUUUUGACAACUUAUGACAACUGUAUCGGGUCAGGCAGUGAUUCCAGAUCGGAUACGUGUUCAAUACCAUUGUGUACAGCUUCCUGGAACAACUGGGGACAAUGGAGUAAUCCAGGUUGUCCUACAUGUGGUCUCAGCAUCACACGAACUGUCACUCGAACCAGAACAUGUAACCAGGUAGCGGGUCAAGCAUUUUGCUCUGGAUCCAGCACUGAUUCUGACAUCAGAACUUGCAACAUUCUCAAUUGCAGAGGAACGUGGGCAGCGUGGGCCUCCUGGGCCACGCCCAACUGUCCUACCUGUGGACCAGUCGGUACACAAAGACAGGUCACCAGGAACAGAAUAUGCAACAAACUUUUGACAACUUAUGACAACUGUAUCGGGUCAGGCAGUGAUUCCAGAUCGGAUACGUGUUCAAUACCAUUGUGUACAGCCACCUGGAACACCUGGGGCUCGUGGGUUGACCCUGGAUGCCCUACGUGUGGUCUAAGUAUCACACGAACUGCCUCUCGAACCAGAACAUGUAACCAGCUUUCGGGUCAAACGUUUUGCUCUGGGUCCAGCUUUGGCACCGAAGUUAGGACUUGCACCAUUCCCAAUUGCAUAGGUACCUGGGGCACGUGGACAAGCUGGACUCAGCCCAACUGCCCAUCCUGUGGACCAUCGGGGACCCAAAGAUCUGUCUCGCGAUCAAGAAUUUGCACUAAAGCGCAACCGACUGAUGCUGAUUGCCCAGGACUAAACACACAGUCUCGAGUCGAUGCCUGUUCAAUUCCAAUAUGUACAGCUACCUGGAACACCUGGGGAUCAUGGGUGGACCCUGGAUGCCCUACGUGUGGUCUCAGCAUCACACGAACUGCAAUUCGAACCCGAACAUGUAACCAGCUGGCGGGUCAACAGUCUUGCUCUGGGUCCAGCUUUGGCACCGAAGUUAGGACUUGCACCAUUCCCAAUUGCAUAGGGGUUUGGACUCAGUGGGCCAACUGGGUGGUCACAGGCUGUCCCACCUGCAGUCCGUCCGGUCAAACCAACACUGGGACCUUCACGAGGGUCAGAACAUGUAACAAGGCGAUAACAACAUACGCAGACUGCCCUGGUUCAACCACAGAAACUAAAACAGACACAUGCAACGUUGCCACGUGUAGAGUUGGGACAUGGACCGCAUGGACAGCCUGGUCAGUUGGCAACUGUUCCAGUUGUGGGACCAAUGUUACCACCCAACAGACUCGAACGCGAACCUGCUUUAAGACCAACACAGCCGACACCGAUUGUCCGGGAACAACAAUUGAAACCAGAACAGCUGUGUGCCAGAUUUCCGCGUGCCAAGCCACCUGGAACACCUGGGGCUCGUGGGUUGACCCUGGAUGCCCUACGUGUGGUUUAAGUAUCACACGAACUGCCUCUCGAACCAGAACAUGUAACCAGCUUUCGGGUCAAACAUUUUGCUCUGGGUCCAGCUUUGGCACCGAAGUUAGGACUUGCAACAUCCCUAAUUGCAUAGGAACGUGGGCAGCGUGGGCCUCCUGGGCCACGCCCAACUGUCCUACCUGUGGACCAGUCGGUACACAAAGACAGGUCACCAGGAACAGAGUAUGCAACAAAGUUUUGACAAGUUACGCCGACUGUAUCGGGUCAGGCAGCGAUUCCAGAUUCGAUACGUGUUCAAUACCAUUGUGUACAGCUUCCUGGAACAACUGGGGACAAUGGAGUAAUCCAGGUUGUCCCACAUGUGGUCUCAGCAUCACACGAACUGUCACUCGAACCAGAACAUGUAACCAGGUAGCGGGUCAAGCAUUUUGCUCUGGAUCCAGCACUGAUUCUGACAUCAGAACUUGCAGCAUUCCAAAUUGCAGAGGAACGUGGGCAGCGUGGGGCUCCUGGGCCACGCCCAACUGUCCUACCUGUGGACCAGUCGGUACACAAAGACAGGUCACCAGGAACAGAGUAUGCAACAAAGUUUUGACAACUUAUGACAACUGUAUCGGGUCAGGCAGUGAUUCGAGAUUCGAUACGUGUUCAAUACCAGUGUGUACAGCUUCCUGGAACAACUGGGGACAAUGGAGUAAUCCAGGUUGUCCUACAUGUGGUCUCAGCAUCACACGAACUGUCACUCGAACCAGAACAUGUAACCAGGUAGCGGGUCAAGCAUUUUGCUCUGGAUCCAGCACUGACUCUGUCAUCAGAACUUGCAGCAUUCCAAAUUGCAGAGGAACAUGGGCAGCGUGGGCCUCCUGGGCCACACCCAACUGUCCUACCUGUGGACCAGUCGGUACACAAAGACAGGUGUUCAGGAACAGAGUAUGCAACAAAGUUUUGACAACUUAUGACAACUGUAUCGGGUCAGGCAGUGAUUCGAGAUUCGAUACGUGUUCAAUACCAGUGUGUACAGCUUCCUGGAACAACUGGGGACAAUGGAGUAAUCCAGGUUGUCCUACAUGUGGUCUCAGCAUCACACGAACUGUCACUCGAACCAGAACAUGUAACCAGGUAGCGGGUCAAGCAUUUUGCUCUGGAUCCAGCACUGACUCUGACAUCAGAACUUGCAGCAUUCCCAAUUGCAGAGGAACGUGGGCAGCGUGGGCCUCCUGGGUCACGCCCAACUGUCCUACCUGUGGACCAGUCGGUACGCAAAGACAGGUGUUCAGGAACAGAGUAUGCAACAAACUUUUGACAACUUAUGACAACUGUAUCGGGUCAGGCAGUGAUUCCAGAUUCGAUACGUGUUCAAUACCAUUGUGUACAGCUUCCUGGAACAACUGGGGACAAUGGAGUAAUCCAGGUUGUCCCACAUGUGGUCUCAGCAUCACACGAACUGUCACUCGAACCAGAACAUGUAACCAGGUAGCGGGUCAAGCAUUUUGCUCUGGAUCCAGCACUGACUCUGACAUCAGAACUUGCAACAUUCUCAAUUGCAGAGGAACCUGGUCUGCGUGGGCCUCAUGGAAUCAGCCCAGCUGCCCUUCCUGUGGACCUCCCAGUACCGUGAGACGGGUCAGCAGAACGCGAUUGUGCAACAAAGACCUGUCAACGCAUUCGAACUGUGCCGGAAAUAACGUGGAGUACAGAAAUGAUGCCUGCAACAUAGCAAAUUGUACAGUUACCCCAGGUUUGUGCGCCAGCGUCAUGAAUGUCAGCGGCGUCGGUUACCGCUAUCACCCCACCGACUGCGACAAGUAUGUCCAGUGUUACUUCAACCCCAACGGUGAGGUAUCGGCUGUGUACCGCACAUGUCCAUUUGGUCACUACUGGUCACAAGCGACCAUGAGAUGUGACCACUCGUGGAAGGUCACUUGUCCCCAUGAGAAGUGCAACAACACUUGCGUAACAACAUACAACAUGGAGGGCAGCUGUCGCGCCUACUGGUCAUGUGACCAUGGAAGGUCACAGGCCGAGUGUUGCGCUGUGGGCUUCCGGUACGUUGCAGGACGAGGCUGCUUCCCGGAUCUAUACUGUCGUGAUGCUUGUCCCACACCUUGCACAUCUGCUGAUAUAUGCGACAAAGCCCCUGGUUGGGAUAAGCCUGAGAACUACAAACUGAAUGUGGGUUUUCUUGGAUGGAUGGACAGCGGCUGCAUCCCCGGCUCCUACUUCGACAUCCUCGAGUGCGGCUGCAACGUGCGCAAGAAUGACACUUGCAACCCAGAGUUUUCGCUGACCUUCAACAACCAGAACGCCAUUGCUGCUGCUAAAGGAGACUGGCUGACGCUUGACACAGUGAAUAUCACAAAUGGUGUUGCGGCAUUUACCGGGCUAGGCAAACUGGUGGCCGACGUGAAGCUGCCGGACGCCGGUGUUGGAUGUCCAGUUGUGCUCCGGUUCAGGUACAGAGAAAACGGAAGUGGAGGGAGACAGGUGCUUGCUAGCAGCAGCGACUGUCGACACGGCAACACCAUGAUCAUCGCCAUCCACAACAACACCCUGGUCUUCGAGCUGACGUCGUGGUACGGCACACUGCUCAGUAUGCCUAUUUCUACGAUGGGUCUAGCUCCGUCGCAGUGGAAGGACGUCACCUUCAUGUAUAACGGCAAGGUCUUGACAGGGGUCAUCCAGCAGGACAACUACAAGGUCAUGGGCCAGCUGUUUGCGCCCAAGGUGGACUUAGUGGCGUGUGGCUUGACCUUCGGAUCUGAUGGGUCAGUGCUUACAGCGUUCGAUGGUCAGCUGGAUGAGAUCAACUUGUACAAGUGUGACCCUGGCAACCUGUAUUGAAGGAACCACUGAGCUUGUCCUGUUCACACAAGCUUAGAACACGUGUACAGUUCACACGUGCUUUCAACAAGGAAAACUAUAGUCAGUGAUUACAGCCGGGAGUCAAUAUUCUAGUGAACUCUCUACUAGUGCCAUAUUGUAAACUGCAUCGAUAUGCUAAGUGUGAUGUUUCAUUGUUUUGUUUUUAACAUUUUCGUGUUUAGUCCUGCCAACGUAUUAUAUUUUAGAUAACUGCAUCUUUAUCCUAGCGUGUACAUGAAAUAUAUAUUGCCGGUGUAUCACUGAAAUUAUCGCACCUAUAAGAUUUAACCAUCUGGUACAAGUGAUGAUAUUGUAUUUGAGUCUUGGCUAGACCCUUGCCACAAUUAGUUAGCUAACUUCCUGACAAGUACAUUAUUUCCAUGCCAAUAAGAUUACAUCUCGCAUUUGAAAGUCAACCUCACCCGAACCAGAUGCAGUUCACAAAAGGAACCAAUGUUUUUGUUGAUAUGCAAAAUAUAUACGGUAUGUUUUACAGUACGUUAAUGCAUUUCUGUUAAAUUAUUACCAGUUUGUUAUAUGAAUAUUGAUAUAUUUUUACAUUUCACCGACAACUCCCAACGUCACAGCUGUAUUGAGUAUAAAGACCCCAAACCACUCAUGAUCUCACUGUCUUCACCAAUUGAAAGAAACACUGUGUCUUACUUGAGAUUUUGUUCAUUUUACCAUUUUGGGAAAAGAAAUGUAAAAUUAAUCUGUUAUUACCAUGUAUAUUUAUACUUUUUAUUUAAUAUUGAUAUUGUACUACUUUCAAUGUUUGGACAUUACUAAUGCAUAAUAAAUACUUCCGCACAGUU